AUGGAUCUUUACCCAGAGUUCCUGCUUCCCGUCGCGUUGAGGAACAACAUCUUUGUGAACGUCGUGCAGUUGAAGCUCGCCUCUUUCCUGCAGCCGGAAAGGCCACAGGAAGAGCCGGCAACAGGGCCAGCAACAGAGCCGGCAACAGAGAACAAGAAGCGUGGGCGCGGCCGUCCUAGGAAGGAUGCACCAAAGCCGCCUUGCACUGAGCCUCGCGGAAGGAAGAGCGCCGAAGACCAGAUUCGCAACCUGCAAGCCGAUCCAAGGGCAGUCUGCUGCCCAGUUGGCAAGUUCGGUGACCUGGUGAAGGACAUCCUCCAAGACACCAUCAAGGAAGCCAAGCUUCCGAUGAACGUGGCCCGCUGCAGCAACCAGGACCUUGUGGAGGGAACCUGGGUUCAGUUGGUGACACACCGUUUCACAGAGGAUGGCUUCUCGCCAGGCGUUAUGGUGCUUAUCACGCGUGGCUUGCGCGAGGGCUUGUAUGAGGUCGACUUCUGCCCUUCCUUGCCUCUUGGUGCUGGGCAGAAAGGUUGCGCUACGCCGGAAGACGUGCGGCAUGCACCCCGGACGGCAGAAUGA